AUGAGCCACCAGAAGAAAGCGAGUCUCAAUCCCCACGAUCUUUGGGGGGUCUUGAAAGGAGACGGUGUGACUCAAACCCGCUCCGCUGCCACUGACUCAUUGACCCCUGAAGCCAAAACAUCAAAGAGACCGGUGAGCCCAACUUCGAGCAAGAAACUCCCCAACAGACCCAAAGAAAUGUCUACUCAAGCAGCCGCCCCUGAGGCGCACCAAGCGCCCAAGUCUCUACCCGAUUUCAUCCUAGAAAGAAACCAGCUCUUCGACCAGCUGAAGAAGCAGCGUGACGAAGAACUCGCCAGCAGGGAUAAACCAACAAUUCAAGUCACCCUUGUUCCUGCUCCUGGCCAAGAAACCUCCGUUGAGGGCAAGGCAUGGGAAACCACGCCUGGUCACCUGCUGAAGAAUCUGCCCAAAGACCGCGCUGGACAAGUCGUGGUGGCCAAGGUCGAUGGCGAAUUGUGGGAUCUAGACAGACCAUUGGAAAAGAACAGCAAAGUGUCAUAUCUCACGUUCGACGACCCCGAAGGCCGUGAUGUCUUUUGGCACUCUUCAGCCCAUGUGCUUGGUGAAUGUGCCGAGCACGAGUACGGCUGUCGCCUCUCUCACGGUCCUCCCACCGCUAUGGGUUUCUUCUACGACAUGGCUCUCGAGCCUGGCAAGGCCGUCCGUGAAGCCGAGUGGCCCUCCCUAGAGAAUCGUGCGAAGAGAUUUGCAAAGGACAAACAAGCCUUUGAACGCCUCGAAGUCUCCAAGGACAAUCUCCGCAAAAUGUUUGGCUACAGCAAAUACAAGAUGCACUACAUUGAGAAGUUUGUGCCAGACGGGGAGUCAUCCACCGUGUAUCGCAAUGGCACGUUGGUAGAUUUGUGCCAGGGCCCGCAUAUCCAGAACACCCGCAAAAUCGAGUCCUUCAAGAUCAUGAAGAACAGCUCUGCAUAUUUCCUGGGCGACCAGAACAAUGACUCUCUUCAGCGCAUUCACGGCGUUGCUUUCCCCACGAAACAACAACUCAAAGACUGGGAACAUUUCCUCGAGGAGGCCAAGAAACGUGAUCACCAGGUCAUCGGCCAACAGCAGAAACUCUUCAUGUUCAGUCGAAUGUCUCCUGGCUCACCGUUCUUGCUUCCCCACGGAACUCGCAUCUUCAAUGCUCUCCAACAAAUGCUCCGCGACCAAUACUGGGAACGGGGCUAUCAGGAGGUCCAGUCCCCCAAUAUGUACGAUGUGGAUUUGUGGAAAAUCUCGGGCCACUGGCAACAUUACCAAGACGACAUGUUCCGCGUGAUAGUGAAGGAAGAUUCUGCCGACCCUAUGCCGCUGAGCGACAAAAAGCCAGACGGCAAGACCCCUCUCGCAGAAAUCAAGGAUAAAGACAAGGGCGUCUUCGCUCUGAAACCCAUGAACUGUCCAGGCCACUGCGUCAUGUUCCGCGACGAAGAGCGCUCCUACCGCGAGCUACCUUGGCGAGUGGCGGACUUUGGUGUGCUUCAUCGCAACGAAGCCUCUGGCGCGCUCUCUGGCCUCACCCGAGUACGCAAGUUUCAGCAAGACGACACGCACAUCUUCUGCACCAACGAACAAGUGCAGUCCGAGAUUGAGGCCCUGUUCGACUUCAUGUCUCACGUCUACGGUCUGUUCGGGUUUCCGUUCAAGUUGAAAUUCUCCACGCGACCCGAGGGAUACAUGGGCACGCUGGAAGACUGGGACGCAGCCGAAGCUCGCUUGAAGCAAGCCUUGGUCAACUUCCGAGGGGACGACUGGGAGAUGAACGAGGGCGAUGGUGCCUUUUACGGCCCCAAGAUUGAUGUCACGAUUUCUGAUGCGCUGGGCCGAGAAUUCCAGUGUGCGACCAUCCAGCUGGAUUUCCAGGGCCCGCAGAACUUCAAGCUUGAGUACCGCACCGGCGAGUCUGGGGAUGUUGUCGCCCAGCAAUCCGAGGAACACCGCGAGCGCGAUCCCAAAGCACCAGCUCCGGGCAUGGCGCGUCCAGUGAUGAUCCAUCGUGCCAUCAUCGGCUCCUUUGAGCGCUUCAUCGCCAUCCUCUGCGAACACUUUGCAGGCAAAUGGCCGUUCUGGCUCUCCCCCCGCCAGAUCCUCGUUAUCCCCGUCAUGAAGUCCGCCGAGGAUUACGUGCGUGAGAUCCAGGGAAUUUUCCACAAGGCACGUAUGUACGUGGACAUUGACGUCAGCGGAAACACGCUGCAGAAGAAGAUCAGGACGGGCCAGUUGGCGCAGUAUAACUUCAUCUUUGUCGUCGGCGCGAAAGAAAAGGAGACCCGCACCGUGAACAUUCGAAACAGAGACGACCCAUCCACGCAGAAGAUGGGCGAACUGAUUCCGCUGGAGAAGGCGCUGGAGCGAUUGACGCAGCUGCGCGACGAGAGGAAGCUGGAGAACAAGAUUGACAUGAGCCACUAA